CAUUGAACAAAACAUGUUUCAAAUCCUAAACGCAGCGCCAAUUUAUGGAGGCAAAUCGAAAUUUCAAAACAUUUCUAAAAUUUCCAAUCUCCAUAGCGAGCUUAACAGUCAAAACGAAUUCAAAGUUUCAAACCACUUUCUCCUUCCCUCUCUCUUUGAUGUCCAAUUACCAAAAGCAGUAACCGCACCUGAAUCUGGGAUAUUCAGGUAAAUUCGCGAAACCCUGAAUCAGUUCUCGUCGUGUUUUUCGGCGUCAGCUCAGUGUGUAUGUGGGCCCCAACAUAAUCGAUUGUGCUUUGUAAAUUUUGUGCAUUUUUAUUGGGUCGGGUUUGCCUCUUAGCUGAGGUCACUCAUCGCUAUUCGAUGGCAACUGGUCGCAAAGAUUUGUCUUUUUUUUUAUGGUGAGAUUUUGAUUGCAGAUUUUAAUCAUGGACUUCACGACUGUGCUUUAGCUUAGCAAAACCCUGGGUAGAUUACAAUUGUUAUAAACCCCCCUUUUGUUGUUUGAUUGAGGGUUUCAUAUAAUUUGAUAUUUUCUGUUUGUCAAUUAAGGAAUAUUCCCCCUUUCUCUCAUUUUCUGCAUUUUCUUUCUUAUACCCCUUGAUUGGAUCUAGGUUGUGUUUGGGGGUAGUAUUGAAUUGAAUUCCAGUUUUAGAUUGGGAAUGAGGGAGCUAAGUAUUGAGUCGUUUUACGCACGGCUAAGAGAGUCCGCAAUAGCCUCAGCUUCAUCUGCCCCUCUUCUAAUUUUCCCUUCAACGUCAGAUGUUGAUUCACUCUGUGCGUUAAAAAUUAUAGGGAAUGUUCUUGAAUCUGAUUCAAUUAGGUAUGCGUGUUACCCUGUUUCGAGUUUCAAGGAAAUCCACAAGUAUGCAGGGCCUAACCUGAGUUCAUCCUCAAAUGAGCCCAUAACCAUUUUGUUGAUUAAUUGGGGUUGCCAUAGGGAUCUUAGGAGGGACCUGCAGAUUGGCCCCUUAGCUCGAGUUUUUGUCGUUGAUAGUCAUAGGCCAAUUCAUUUACAUAAUUUGAGUGACCAGAAUGACUGUGUGGUGGUGCUUUACACGAUGGAUGAUGAGAACCAGGCCGAUCUGGUUUAUGAUUUUGACGUGUCCACUGUUGCAAAUGCAAGUGAAUUGAACAGUGAUGGCGAGGUUGAAGAAGAUUCGGAGAGUGAGGAUGAAAAUGAGAGUGAUAUUGAGGAGGGUGGGGAAGUAGGUAGAAAGAGGAGGAGAGAUUCUGAAAAUGAGGGGAACCCUGAUAAGCUGUUCAAGAAGUUGAAGAGAGACUAUUACUAUAUGGGAACUUACCAUGGGAAGCCAUCGGGAUGCUUGAUGUAUGAGCUGUCGCAUUCCCUAAGGAAGAACACAAAUGAGUUACUCUGGUUGGCUUGUGUGGCUCUAACUGAUCAGUUUGUACACGAGAGAUUAACUGAAGAGAGAUACCAGGCUGGGGUUAUGGAACUUGAGCAGCAUAUUAACAGCUCAGGAAACUUGGAUGCUAUUACAUCAGUCACGCUCAAGGAUGGCACAAAGGUCACUGUGCCCGAUUCUUCCAGAAUUGCUUAUGAGGACGAGCCUAGGUUGAUGUUAUUGCAAGAGUGGAACUUGUUUGAUUCAAUGCUGUGCUCAUCAUACGUUGCAACUAAACUGAAGACCUGGAGCGACCCCGGGUUGAAAAAUAUGCAGCUUCUUUUGGCCCGGAUGGGGUUUGGAAGAGAAGAAUGCAAACAGAAAUACCAAUACAUGAGUGUAGAGAUCAAACACAAAAUGAAGGAUAUGUUUCAAAAGUUCCUUGCUGAGAUUGGGCUCAGGGAUUUCUACUAUAGGGGUUUCCUGCUAUUGCAGGGGUAUAGCUCAAAAGUCUCUGCUGCAGAUGUGGUGUAUGGGGUUACUGCCCUUCUAGAGUCAUUUGUGGAGGCGGAUGGGUCUUCUGGCUCGAAGCAGUUUGGUGUGGCAUAUGAUGCUUUGUCCUUCAACAAGGUCGAGAAGCUGGAACUGGGAAUGAGACAGGCCAUCAAGGUGCAACGGGCUGUUCUCAGACAAGGAAGCACAGCCAUAACAAAGAAGGGAUCAAUAAGAAGUGGGAGUAAGUUCAGAUGGGUAAAGCUUGAAGACUCUGCAGAUUCAAAGCUUUUAUGUCACCCUCAGGCUCUGACUAAAUUAGGGUUCUUUCUGAUGGAUGCUCUACGUGAGAAGGGAGCAAGAAUGAAACCUCUGAUAUGUGUUUGCUACACUGAAGAACAGAAGAAAGUGCUGAUAGUUGGUAUAUGUGGGAAGCCACGGCUUGGUGCACGAAAUGGAAAUGCAUUUGGAAUUGCAUUCAGAAGUGCAGCUGAUGAAACCGGAGCUGAGUACUUCCACGAGCUCUUUGAAUCGUCAUGGAUAGUCUUGGAGGCGGCUGCAGUAAAUUCAUUCAUGAUCAGGUUGACCGAGAAACUGUUGUAAUUGUGACAUCGUUUCAAAUUUGUUUCACUUGUCUUUUUUCAUUUAACAGUAAUUCUGUAAUUCAUAAAUGUCAUUCUUGUUCUACUAGACUGAUGAUUUCUCUAAAUAGUUUUAGCUUACAUGUAACAUUAAUUACCACUAUUCAAUAACUAGAUUGAAUACUUCCAGAC